ACAUACCAUUGACUUCAAUAUCAAAAUUACUGAUCAAUCGGUUGAGACAUUUCGGAGAUAAUGUAUUUAUGAUUGAAUAUCAGACACAAAGAAGUUUUACAUUCAAUCAAUUGGCAGACGAUUGUCUUCGUGCGGCAAAUGUAUGGAAAGACAUCGGCUUAAGAGUUGGCCAAACAUUUGGGAUUUGCGGUCAUAAUAGCUAUGAAUAUAUGGUUUGCUUUCUGUCCGGCAUAAUAAUCGGCGCGAUAGCCAUUCCCAUGAGAGGCACCGACACUAUAGACGAAUUCAAGCGAACCUUAAAAGAGAGGGAAAUAUCGUUAAUAGCAUUGAGUGGAGAAAAGUUACGGCAAAUCAAAAGUCACGACUUCUACGACAAUAUCAUGGGAAUAGUGUUUGGCAGCGAAAGUGAUCAUCAAAAUGAGACACAUUUCUGGGUCUACGAGAACCUAAUCUCCAGUACUCGAGCCAUAAGUGAAGAUCUAAUACACGAACCUAAAGAUGUUAUGCAAGAUAUUUGCCUUAUAUUAGAGUCCAGUGGAACUACAGGUCUGCCAAAGGGCUGUAUGUUUUCGCACUACAAUUUGGUGUCAUUGGUAACCAUCGGAUCUCUGGUAUACAACCGUACCGCCGAAGACAUAGUGUCCGGACACUCAUAUAUGGCCCAUAUAUCGGGUGUCAAUCAGCUCAUAAUGUCUAUCAAUAAUGGGUCACAACUGGUGUUACACCCGGUAUUCAACUUAAACACACUGUUCGAGGCCAUCGAAAAGCAUGGCAUAACAGCCCUAUCGGCGCCGGCAUCUGUUUACAUGACACUAUUGAAAGCGGGCACAGAGUACGACAUAAGCACCCUGCGAAAAUUAAUCUGUGGCGGUGCUCCCCUUCCCAAAGGCUGUGCCCAACAGAUUGCACACAAAUACCCGCAUUUCGAGGACUUCCGCCAGUCGUACGGUAUGACCGAAAUGACUAUUUUGAUUGCGUUCGGCCACUACGGGCGCCGGGAUUACGAGAGUGUGGGCGACCCUACGCCUGGAAAUCGUAUUAAAGUCAUCGACUGCACCACUGGAGAGGUAUUACCCCCUAAUUGUAACGGAGAGAUAUGUGUGACGGGACCCACACUUUUCAAAGGUAUUUAA